GAGGGUGUCACCGUAAGGGGAGGACACGGGGACAAGGACGAAGCCAAUGUGGUGGCGCGCAAGAACGCAACUGAGGGAAUGGGCUUCUUACCUAAAAUCGUAAAGCAAAGAAAGACGAUAAAAAUCCGGCGAGAUGGUGAUGAAUCUGCGGAAUCCAGGGAGGGGAGCAGGAAUCGAAUGGGCGGAUGGAGAGGGGAAAGAGGAGCGAUUCAGAGGGGUUUUCGGCGGGCGGGGGAAAAGGUGGAGGGAUCCAGGAAAUUGGGAGGAUGAGGAACGGGGGGGAAGGGAAGGGAGAGGAGGUGGGAGAGGGAGAGAGGAAAGGAGGAAGAAGAAUGGAAGAGGGAGGAGAAGAAGAAGAAGAAGAAGAAGAAGCAGAGGAAAUGAGGAGGAGGGAGGGAGAGGGGAUGGAAGCGGAGAGGAAGUGGUGGUGGGAAGCGAGCAAGAAGAAAAGGUGGAAGAGAGAAGAGGAGGAAGAGGAGGAGGAAGAGAGGAAGAAGAGAGGAAGAAGACGAGGGAAGAAGUCAGAGGCAAGUCAAGUCAGUCCUGGCUGGCUGGUCCUUCGGGCUUAGUUGCUUAGUUUCGUUUUUCGGGUCUCUCGUGCGGGAACAACAACAAGGCCCAUCCAUGCCUGCUCCCUCUCUUCCCCCGCCUUCACCUUUUGCUCUCACGAAGGUUGGAAAUCUCUCUGCUUCUCGGAAUUUUGAUUUAUCUACAA